AUGGGCUCCCCCUUCGACAUCAAUGGCGGUGCCUGUGUCGCCAUGGUGGGCAAGGACUGCGUCGCCAUCGCCUGCGACCUCCGAUUGGGCAUGCAAGCCCUGACCAUCUCCAACAAUUUCCCCAAGAUCUUCAACUACGCUCCCUCCACCUAUCUCGGCUUGACAGGCCUUGCAACCGAUGUCAACACCGUCUCGGACCUCUUCCGCUACAAGGUUAACAUGUACCGCCUGCGCGAGGAGCGCCAUAUCUCCCCCAGACCCUGGCCAACCUGUCCCGUCCUGGCAGGUAUCAACCAAACAACUGGAAAGCCCUUCAUUUGCGGGUUUGACAGUAUCGGUUGUAUCGAUUUCGCCAAGGACUUCAUUGUCAGCGGAACGGCGAGCGACCAGCUCUUCGGUACCUGCGAGGGUCUGUGGGAGCCCGAUCUUGGCCCCGAGGACCUCUUCGAGACCAUCUCCCAAGCACUACUGAGUGCCGUCGACCGAGACGCCCUCUCCGGUUGGGGCGCCCAGGUGUAUAUCAUAGAGAAGGACAAGGUUACCCAGCGACUACUGAAGGGACGUCAAGAUUAA